AUUUUUUUGGUAUGAUAUUUCACAGCGGAGUUCUUUUAUUGUUAUCGGUAUAUAUUUUCUGCGGAAAUUUCAGAAAUCCCUAAAAUUCUCUCUGAAAAAACUCGAAUUUUUUUUUUCUUCUCCAAAGAUUAAUAGCGCUUUCUUUCGCUGAAAUUCGAGUUCUCCUCUCUCGUUCGUGCGCUCCUUAGGGUUUCUAUGGUUUGAAAUCGACGCAAGACGCCUGAUAUUUGGAAGGAUUCAGGGUUACGAAGCCAGCGAAUGGCGUCUUCGGAUACAGAACUCGAAGAACAGCUUCUCCAAGCUGGGAAUAAGCUCGUGGACCCUCCUUCUUCCGUGGAUGACCUCCUUCCUAUCCUCGACCGUGUAGAGAAUUGUCUGUCAAGAGUGGAACAGUCUCCCACCAAAUCAAUGCAAAGUGCACUCUCUCCAUCACUGAAAGCAUUGAUUGCUGAUAAACUUUUUAGACAUUCAGACGCCGAUGUGAAAGUUGCAGUUGCCUCUUGCAUCAGUGAAAUUACAAGGAUAACUGCACCUGAUGCUCCUUAUGAUGAUAACCAGAUGAAGGAGAUCUUUCAGUUGCUAGUAUCUUCAUUUGAAAAUCUUUCUGACAAUUCCAGCCUGUCAUAUACAAAGAGGACCUCAAUUCUUGAAACUGUGGCCAAGGUCAGGUCAUGCGUGGUGAUGUUGGAUCUUGAAUGUGAUGCCCUGAUCCUUGAGAUGUUCCAGAAUUUCUUUAAGGCAGUAAGGGAUUAUCACCCAGAGAAUGUCUUCUCAUCUAUGGAGACAAUUAUGACCCUUGUUUUGGAAGAAAGUGAAGAUAUAUCUCUGGACUUGCUCACUCCCAUCUUAGCUAGUGUGAAAAAGGACAACGAGGAAGUUCUGCCUGUAGCGCGGAAGUUGGCAGAGAGAGUGUUCGAAACUUGUGCUGCGAAGGUAAAGCCUUAUCUAAUGCAAGCGGUGAAAACUUUGGGAAUAUCUUUCGAUGAUUAUAGUGAAGUUGUUGGUUCGAUAUGCCAAGAGACAUCUAGUGCUGUUGAGCAGAAUGAAGCCCAUGCUACUGGCAAAGAUACGGCUGACAAGAGCAAGUCAGUGAAGUCAUCUGUGGAUGAGGAAGCCCCGGAGGAUAAUGGGAGAUCAAAAGCAAUAGCUUUUUCUGAACCAGUCAAACCUGCUAUUCAGAGCAAUGGUGUCGUACAGAUGGGGGAAAAUGACUCUUUGCCACAUUCUAACUCUGAUCAAAAGCAAGACGAUGGUCAUCAUGCUGAUCCAUCCAUAAGUAUGAAUGCAUCGAGCAAUGCUGAACCUGAUAGUUUGGACACUGAGAACGCAAUAAACAUAGAACACCAGCCCCAACAAACAACUAGAAGAGGAAGAAAAUUUAACUCUACAAAAAAAUCAACAGAACCUUCUGAAAACACGGAACCUCCUGACAACUCUGUCAUUGAUGGUGAGAUGGAAACUGAGAAACUGCCAGAGCAUAAAAAUCACAGUGAGGAUGUGCCUAGUCCAUCUCCUGAGGAGGAUCCACCUGUUGAGGCAACUGGGUCUCCAAAAAAUGAAAAAGAGACUAGUACUAAGGUAUCCUCACCUAAGACUUUGGAUAAUGAAUCUGGGAAUGUUGCUCCCCUAUCCCCAAGAGGUAGCCUUCCUGAUGAAAGUUAUUCCAAGAAGGCAGGUGGACGACUAAAGAAAAAAGAGAGCUUGACUAAAGAGGCUACACCAUCAGCAGAUGAAGUUUCAGAAAAGGUAUCUGAAGCAACAAGUGAUUUGGAGCUAAAACCAACUAGACGCACAGGGAAAAAGGUUCCUAGUGAGAUUUCUACUGAGAAUAAAACGCCGACUCUGGUAGAAUCUAAAAAGGAAAGCAGUGAUUCAGAGGCAAAACCUUUGAGGCAGCCAGCUAAGAAGGUAGAUGGAAGCAGUAAGAUUGGUGAUGGAUCAUCUUCAAAGCGACCAGAGGAGAAGAAAAGGCGGGGACAGGGUAAAGUUAUUCGUGAGAAGGAUGAAACAAAAUCUCCUGCCAAGGCUGAUGACAAAGAAAUGGUGUCUUCACCGAAGUCAAUCACAAAAUCUACCAAAGAUGAUCAUCACUUGGAGGAGACCCCUAAGACAAAUUCCAAGAGAAAGCGUACUCCAGGCAAAGAAAAUGAUUCUGAUUAUGGUGAGAACUUGGUUGGUUCAAAGAUUAAGGUUUGGUGGCCUAAGGAUCGGAUGUUUUAUGAUGGUGUAAUUGAUUCUUUUAUUUCUAGCUCAAAGAAGCAUAGGGUAUUAUACACAGAUGGCGAUGAAGAAGUGUUAAAUCUUAAGAAGGAAAAGUGGGAAUAUAUUGGAGGUGACUCUGGGUCAGAUGGGGAACAAGUAGCCGAUCAGCCAAGUCCUGAUCCUUCCUCUGAAAUGCCCCCUAAGAAGAAAGCAAAAAAUAAUUCUGAUGAGCCAAAUAAGCAAGCGAAGAUGGAUGCUUUACCCAAAAAUUUACUUUCUAGGGGUGGAGGUGCUUCUUCCAGCAAAUCCAAAGGCACAUCUUCAAAAUCUGGUCAUAAAUUCCGUGAAGGCAGUGAAGUUGAUGGCAAGUCCAAAGAUGACUUUCCCAAGACUGAAAGUAAAUCAGAGAAUGCCAAUAGUGGCAAAUCGAAGGAUCGAACAUCUAGAAGUGGCGGUAGUAAAUCAGUUGGUCCUGCUCCUAAAUCAGGUGGGAAAUCCAAGAAAAAUGAUCCCAACACACACAAGAUUGGCAAAUUCAAGGAUGACAAUACCAGCACACCUAGAGCUUCCACCAAGUCCAAGCAAAACGUCGAAAAGACUGGAAAGUCCAAGCAAGACAAUCCCAAGAGUGCCUCCCUUUCCAAGGACAAAAACCCAAAAGUGGUGGUAAGUCUGGUGUUAGUGGUACUGGCAAGAUGAAAUCAGGCGGUUCAUCAAAGGCAAAAGAGAGAGAGGAUAUGAAGGAUAAUUCUACUGAUUCUGCAAAGGUGCCUAGAAGUACUAAGGGGAAGUCACCAACUUUGUCGAAAGGAAGUGACUCGAAGACUGGGAAGAAGCGCCGGAGGGGAAUGACAGGGAAGUGAUUCCGCCCACCACCCUCUCCAGCUAUCUUUGAUAUCUGAGCAGUGCAGUUAACAUUAAGCUAUCAAUUAGGUAUUCUUCAUCAUCUUUGACAUAAUUCCGAGAUUGCAACUAGCUUGUACUCCACCACAGGUAGCCUAGUUUAUAGUUAUUUUAGGGUUUAGUUAGUUUUUUCCUUUAUUAUUGUUUUAGUUGGUAUUUACGUUAUUUGGCUGACAGCACUGGAAAACAAUGGCCAUCUCUUUUUGUCAGAAAUGCUUUUUCACAAGCAGUGUAAUAGAUUCAACAAUCAAAACUAGCUGGCGGAAUGACAACACCUCUUGAUCGUA